AUGUCCAGGCCCAGCAGCAGAGCCAUCUACUUGCACCGGAAGGAAUAUUCCCAGAGCAUGGCCUCAGAACCUACCCUCCUGCAGCACAGGGUGGAGCAUCUGAUGACAUGUAAGCUGGGGACACAGAGAGUCCGGGAACCGAAGGAUGCCCUACAGAAGCUUCAGGAGAUGGAUGCACAGGGUCGAGUGUGGAGCCAAGACCUGAUCCUGCAGGUCAGGGAUGGCUGGCUCCAGCUGCUGGACAUUGAGACUAAGGAGGACCUGGAUUCUUACCGCCUGGACAACAUCAAGGCCAUGGAUGUAGCACUCAACACCUGCUCCUACAACUCCAUCUUAUCCAUCACUGUGCAGGAGUCUGGCUUUCCGGGCACCAGCACUUUACUCUUCCAAUGCCAGGAAGUAGGGGCAGAGCAGCUGAGGACAAGCCUGCAGAAGGCCCUGGAGGAAGAACUAGAAGAAAGACCUCGAUUUGGAGUCCUUCAUCCAGGCCAGGACAGGCGGAAGGGGUAUCCUCUGGAAAGGCCACUCCCUAUACAUCAGGCACCCCCUCUGGAGCAGAGGUCCCUUCCAGAGCAGAGGUUUCCUCUAGAGCAGCCACACCACAUGACCCCAGAACGCAGCAUCCCACCAUCCCCAAGGUCCCUGACACACUACCCAAGUGCCCGAGAACCAAGUGUCUUCACUCUGCCUCCUCCUCCAAGGCGUGCUCCAUCUCCUGAGGACCCAGAGAGGGAUGAGGAGGUACUGAACCAUGUCCUGAAAGACAUUGAGCUGUUCGCUGGAAAGCUGAAGGAGGCCAAGGCGAAGGACAGUCAUAAGAAGAGAAAACUUGGGAGAAAAAAGACCAAGGCUCAAAACAAGAUAACAGAAGCACAGUACAUUGAUUGCUUCCAGAAGAUCAAGCUGAGCUUCAACCUCCUGGGGAAGCUGGCCUUACGGCUGCAGGAAACAAGCGCCCCCGAGUUCGUGGACCUCAUCUUCCAAACCCUGAAACUGAUCCUGCCCCAGUGCCCCGAGGAUGGCCUUGCAGCCAAAGUGAUUUCCCCCCUCCUCACCCCCAAAGCCAUAGACCUGCUGCAGUCCUGUCUAAGGCCACCUGAGAAUGCUCUCUGGAAGUCACUAGGCACAGCCUGGACCACCAGCUGGGUUGACUGGACAGGCGAUGAACCACCACCCUACCGACCCACAUUCUCGGAUGGCUGGCAGAUUCCGGAGCCCUACUCCAUGGAACCCCUAAGAACCCAGGAUUCUAUUUCCCUCGGAGCUUCUAGGAGGAGCAGCCUGCAUUUCCCUCAGGAUGAGCCAUAUAACCACAGCUCCGAACACGAGGACUCACACCUCCCCCCCUCCAGCCCCAGACCUGCCAAACCAACCCUGAAAAUGCAAGUCCUGUAUGAGUUUGAAGCAAGGAAUGCACAGGAGCUGACUGUGGCCCAGGGAGAGAUUCUGGAGGUUCUGGACCAGAGCAAGCGUUGGUGGCUGGUGAAGAAUGAGGCAGGACAGACUGGUUAUAUUCCCAGCAACAUCCUGGAGCCCCUGCCGGCGGGAGCCCCUGGAAGCCACAGACCAUCAUCCUUUAGGGCUCCAAUGCUUCGUCUUAGCUCCAAGCCUGAGGAAGUCACAGCCUGGCUACAAGCAGAGAACUUCUCUACUAUCACUGUAAGGACCCUUGGGUCCCUGAUGGGGAAUCAGCUACUUCACAUGAGACCUGGGGAGCUGCAGAUGCUGUGUCCACAGGAGGCCCCAAGGAUCCAGACCCGGCUGGAUGCUGUCAGAAGGAUGCUGGGGGUGAGGUCCUGA